GUAGGGUUUAAUACAAUAGAUCAAAUGAAGUGUCUGUUAAAUCGGGAAAUUUAUAUCGACGUGGCAACGCAGCGUCGUGAGCCAGGCCGGCGAACUUUCCGCUCGCAGUCGAGGGAAAAGGAAAAUCAGUCGUCGAGACGCUCCGUCUGAUCUCUCGGCCUGAAGAGAGGAACUCGGUAGCGCCGCGACCGCGUCGCGACGGCCCGUCCACACGCGCGUCCGUCAUGUCCCAUUGGUGGACAUGUGUCGCAGCUCGAACGACGUCGAAGCGUUGGCCAGAGCGCGAUAUGAACGUCGUCGAAUGCAGCCGCCGGCCACGCACGUUACCGUUCGACGAGAGAAAAACGCCGUCGCGUAACAUGUGAUUGUCGAAGCGUUCCGACGCGUUGAGACACUUUUAGCGGUCGACCGAAAAACUAACGGAAAGUUGAACGCGAAAAGGAAAGUGGCCGUAAACAGACACUUGUAAAAAGCCGCUUCGGAAAUGCUAGUGAUGUGUUAAAUCGAAUUUUGGAUCAUUCCGUAUAAAGUGGUAAAAUUUCAAUUAGUAUACAAUUUUACGAUUGCAUUAGAGUCGUUUGUUUAAUAAAUAAUUUUCAUAAAAUCGUUGAGUCAACAUUUACUUUAUCUUAUCUAUUAAAUACAAACAUAAAUUAAUAUGAAUUUUGCACUACUUCAAUUUACAAUAAAUUCCUUUAUUUAAUUAUCUAUUUUAACCACCUUGUACGGCUUGAUUUAUAAACAUACCGUAUUUCAGAAAGAGUGAAAAAUUUUAAUCGGAAAAUUGUUGAAUUUGAUAUUGUAUUUUAUGUACUGUGGAAAAGAAAAUUUGUUGGAUUUAAUGUGUUGAACGUUGCUGGUUUUAGAUCUCUAAUUGUUAUUGUUGUAUUUAAAAUAGUGCUUUUAUUGUAUCGUUAACCGGAUGUACUGAAGUUUAUUUCUGAGUUAAUGUCGUAUAGACUGUGUGUGUUAAGUUUGUUUUUCGGUAUAUAAAAAGUUUUAUCAACGCUAAAAAUAUAAUAGCAACAAAGCAGUAUUCUAAAAUAGGGUAGUUUUCUUGCCAGGUUCGCUAAGGUUCCGGCAACCUGCGAAUCAUCUCUUUAUAGAACUUAGAGGUUCUAUUCUCUCACUUCUUCGCACAAUAAUAAUUAGUUAUAUAUCUUCAAAUUCGAGUAUAUAGAGUAUAUUAAAACACCGAAAACAAGGAAUACAUUCGGGUCCAAAAUCGGACAAUAAAUUACAGUAUAACUCUGAAAUGAACCGGGGCUCGAUUUUAGUGUUUCGCAUAUAACAUUCUAAACUGCAUUAUGGAGAGCCUCGAAGAUGUAAUCGCUAGAGAAGAGGCGGAAAGACAACAGAGUCUGCGAGACUUAGAGCAGCUCUACGAGUGGCUCCAACAGUUCGAGGAUCCGCCGCCCGCCCCCCGACCGCCGCCGCCAUAUCAAUUCCGAAACGGUGACAUCACGCAAAAAGGAUAUGAGAAGAAACGGACUCGACUGCUCACUCCCUACAUUCCUAAACACCAGCCAGCCGGAAGCGGGGGUACCGAAGGCGGUACCGGGAACAGCGGUGGCGGCAAUAGCGGUGAUCCCGUUAGCGGUGGAGGCAUCGGCGGCGGUCCCGGUAAUGGGAAACACCAGCACACUCGACGUCGAACCCAACGACGCGUCACUCACAACGAGAAGCGCUAUCAUUCAGAUGUAGCCGAGGAAAAACGUACCAAGGAAUCCGUCACGGGCGUUAGUCCUGCAACGAGAGCCUUGCGAAAAGGGAACAGAAGGUUAACACGCAAUGAAAGCAGGUACCAUUCAGAAGUUCGACAAGAGGCCGUGCAACAGGCUCUCGCACAAGCGCUACAAAACAGACACAAACCCUCGAUGCCGAUGCCGUCCAAACGAACAUCAGUCAUGGCGAGAAGUCCUGACCGAGAUAAACACGACUCCGAGUCUUCGUCGGACGAAGAUAGCAUUGUGAACGAGGAGCCGGUGGAAAGCACGCCGGAACGGGAGCGGGUCAGAGACCGCGGUACGCCGCAGAUGUUCCCGCCGCCGCCGCUAUCGGACACCAGCAGUACCGGCUCGCCGCCGCCAUUGCAUCACAGACCUCGGUUGCCGCCGCCGACGAAUUGGGAGGACAAGCGGCGCAUCGAGAUCACCGAAAUCAGCGACGUCCUUCAGAAUUUCAGGCCUUAUUCGCAGCCGCCUGAUGUGACGCACAAUACAGCGCAAGGGGGCAGGCGAGCGGCCGCCGAUAGGGUGAAUCGGUACGGAUCGUCCGGAUCGGAUGAUACCGUCGGGACCGGCACCGGCAGGUGGAAAGUUUCGACGAAGAUCCAGCAGUUGCUGAAUACGUUGAAGAGACCCAAGCGACGGCCGUUGCCCGAGUUUUACGAAGACGACGAUAUCGAAUUGGAAAUCGCAGCGAACCCCAAGGAUCCGAAUGCACCUAAACCUGAAGGAAGUUAUAUGAAUCCCGUGGUGGGUGAUCAAUUGACAGUUCCAUCAGGUUUACCUAGAAAUUUGGAAGCCGCUAUUACUAGGUACGGUAAUGGUACGUUUAAAGCUCCCGUAGCAACUGUAUUAGAUCCGAAUGGAAAAUUAUUAGUAACUUUAACUUACGGUAAAUUACUAAGUCGAUCGCACAAAAUAGCGUACGCACUAUUGACCAAAUCCUUUAGCAAAAACGGUGAUACUAGUCUAAAAUGUGGUGAUCGUGUAGCUCUAGUCUAUCCAAACAACGAUCCGAUCAACUUUUUGUGCGCCUUCUACGGUUGCCUGCUGGCCGGCAUCGUUCCAGUGCCAAUCGAAGUGCCUAUCACUCGGCGGGACGCCGGUUCCCUGCAAAUCGGGUUCCUCUUAGGCAGCUGCGCGGUACAACUCGCCCUCACGUCCGACGCCUGCCUGAAGGGCCUGCCGAAGACCACCUCCGGCGAGGUGAUCCAAUUCAAAGGCUGGCCCAGGUUGACGUGGUUCGUCACCGAACACUUGGCGAAAACGCCCAAAGACUGGUCUCCGACGCCGAGAUUGACCGACGAAACGCCGGCUUACAUCGAAUACAGCACCGAUCGCGACGGUUCGGUGAUGGGCGUCACGGUGACGCGCACCGCGAUGGUGCAGCACUGUCGCAUGCUGACCAUGUCCUGCAACUACACCGAAGGCGAGAACAUGGUCUGCGUGUUGGACUUCAAGCGAGAGGUCGGCCUGUGGCAUUCGGUGCUGACGAGCGUCCUCAACGGCAUGCACGUCAUCUACAUACCGUACGCUCUGAUGAAGGUGAAUCCGGCCAGUUGGAUGCAGAUGAUAACGAAACACCGGGCUUCCGUGGCCGUGGUCAAAUCGCGCGACUUGCAUUGGGGCCUGUUGGCCACCAAGGACCACAAGGACGUCAAUCUCGGUUCGUUGAGGAUGCUGCUGGUCGCCGACGGCGCCAAUCCGUGGUCGUUGAGUAGUUGCGAUCAAUUCCUGUCGGUGUUCCAAACGAAAGGGCUAAGAGCAGACGCCAUCUGCCCGUGCGCCAGCUCCAGCGAGGUUCUGACCGUAUCGGUGAGGAGACCCGGCAGAGCAGGCGUUAAUGCUACCGGUAGAGGCGUGUUGUCCAUGCAAGGAUUGAGUUACGGCGUGGUUAGAGUGGACCAAGAGAACAGUUUGACUUCGUUGACGUUACAAGACUGCGGGCAAGUCAUGCCUGGUUGCGUUAUAGUGGUGGUGAAAAUGGAAGGACCGUCGUAUCUCUGCAAAACUGACGAGGUGGGCGAGAUUUGCGUCAAUUCCGGCGCGACCGGCACGCAGUAUUGGGGUCUGCAAGGUCUCAGCAACAGCACGUUUAAAGUGCAACCUUUGGGCACCGACGGCAAGCCGAUUUCCGACGCCGAAUACACGAGAUCCGGCCUGUUGGGAUUCCUGGGACCCGGCGGGUUGGUGUUCGUCUGCGGAUCCCGCGACGGUUUGAUGACGGUCACCGGAAGGAAACAUAACGUCGACGAUAUAAUCGCCACAGUGCUGGCCGUGGAGCCUAUGAAGUUUAUCUACAGAGGACGCAUCGCCGUGUUUAGCAUCAAAGUUUUACGGGACGAACGGAUAUGCGUGAUAGCCGAGCAAAGACCGGACUGCAGCGAAGAAGAAUCUUUCCAAUGGAUGUCGAGAGUACUGCAAGCGGUUGAUUCGAUCCACCAAGUCGGGAUCUAUUGCUUGGCGUUGGUACCGCCGAAUUAUCUGCCGAAAACCCCGCUCGGAGGAAUCCAUUUGUCAGAAACUAAACGAAGAUUCAUGGAUGGGAAUCUGCAUCCGGCUAACGUGCUCAUGUGUCCUCACACGUGCGUCACCAAUUUGCCUAAACCCCGAGAGGUCCAUACAGCAACGGAAUGUGUUUCAGACGUGGGACCGGCGUCUGUUGUUGUCGGAACUCUUGUUCAAGGGAAUAGGCUAGCGAGCGCACAGGGCAGGGAAGUCGGCGGUCUUUUGGACGAAGACGGCGAUUCAUCUAAGAAGCAACAAUUCAUCGCCGAAAUCCUACGUUGGCGAGCUCACAGCACCUCCGAUCACGUGUUGUUCACGUUGUUGAACAACAAAGGCGCCGUUGCCAAGGUGCUCUCGUGCUUGGAGUUGCACAAGAAGGCCGAACGAGUCGGCAGUCUGCUCGUCGAGAAGGGUAAAAUAAAUACCGGCGAUCACGUGGCGUUGAUUUUCCCGCCCGGUUUAGAUUUGAUAUGCGCUUUCUACGGGUGCUUGAUGAUCGUCGACGUGUCGAAAUCCGUACUGGUGCUUUCGAUCCAGGCUGUGAUCAAACUCCUUCGCUCGAAGGAGGCCAGCAACGUGGUGGACAUCAAAUCGUGGCCGUCGAUUUUGGACACCGACGAUAUGCCCAAGAAGAAACUGACAGUGCCAUACAGGGCUCCGACCGCCGAAAUGAUAGCUUAUUUGGACUUUAGCGUAUCGACCACCGGCAUGCUGGCGGGCAUUAAAAAAUCGCACGCGGCCGUAACGAACUUGUGCAAAAGCAUGAAAUUGGCCUGCGAAUUGUACCCGAGCAGACAUAUCGCUUUGUGUUUGGACCCGUACUGCGGACUCGGAUUCGCUUUAUGGUGCUUGAGCAGCAUCUACUCGGGUCACCACUCGAUUUUGAUACCGCCGUCCGAAGUCGAAGUGAAUCCGGGGCUUUGGUUGACCGCCGUCAGCCAAUACAAAGUCCGCGACACGUUCUGCUCGUACGGCGUGAUGGAGCUGUGCACCAAAGGCCUCGGCUCUUCGGUCAACCAGCUAAAAACGAGAAACGUCAGCUUGGCUUGCGUGAGAACCUGCGUGGUGGUGGCCGAAGAACGACCCCGCAUGAAUCUAACCACCAGCUUUUCGAAGCUGUUCAGCCCGUUGGGGCUGAGUCCGCGAGCCGUGUCGACGUCGUUCGGAUGUCGAGUGAACGUGGCCAUUUGUCUGCAAGGCGCUUCCAGUCCGGAACCGUCCACUGUUUAUGUGGAUUUGCGCGCUUUGCGAAACGACAGGGUGAGCUUGGUCGAACGCGGCAGUCCGCACAGUUUGUGCGUGAUGGAAAGCGGGAAAUUAUUGCCCGGCGUCAAGGUCAUCAUCGCCAAUCCGGAGACGAAAGGACAAUGCGGCGAUUCGCACUUGGGCGAAAUAUGGGUGCAAAGCGGGCACAACGCCAGCGGGUAUUUCACCAUCUACGGUGAAGAGAGCGAGUACGGCGAUCAUUUCAACGCGCGAUUAGUCACUGGUAACACUGGAGAAGUGUACGCCAGGACGGGCUAUUUGGGAUUCCUGAGGCGAACCGAAAUGCUGGAAACCGCCGGCGCUACAGACGAAACCAUCAUAAGCAGGGAGAGCGACAACGAAUCGUUGGGUUCCUCUCACCAUAUUCUACCAGCUGCGGCCGAUUGUCCGGAAUUGCACGACGCCGUCUUCGUCGUAGGUGCUUUAGACGAAACCAUUAUGUUACGAGGCAUGAGAUAUCACCCCAUAGAUAUAGAAAAUAGCGUGCUGAGGUGCCAUAAAAAGAUCGCCGAAUGCGCCGUGUUUACGUGGACAAAUCUGCUGGUCGUAGUGGUGGAAUUAGAUGGAAACGAAAGCGAGGCUUUGGAUCUGGUGCCGUUGGUGACGAAUACGGUUUUGGAGGAGCACCAUCUCAUCGUCGGGGUUGUGGUGGUGGUGGAUCCCGGCGUGGUGCCGAUAAAUUCGAGAGGAGAGAAGCAACGCAUGCACUUGCGGGAUGGGUUCUUGGCCGAUCAGCUGGAUCCGAUUUACGUGGCUUAUAACAUGUAAAUUUUUAUUAUUUUUUUGGAAUGUAGGCUCUCUCUGUUGGUGGUUUUUCCAAAGUCGAUUGAGUACGGUACAAAAAUCACUUCUAUAUACAUCAAUAACGCUCUUGUAAGAGUAUACAUAUUUAUAUAUUUAUUUAGUAUUAUGUGUGUUAAUGUAGACAAUGAAAUUUAUAGUAAUUUUAAUGGAGAGGAGUACGACUUAAUUUGGCAUCAUCCAAUGUGUACUUUUGGCUUUUUAAUCUUGUCAAAGAUUAAACAUUUCACUUUACAUUUCACUUUUGUUCGUUUCUUCUAUUCUUCCUCCAUAGUACUCCUCUCCAUUCGUAUUUUCUAAACGUAUUCAAUGGACUUUGGAAAGAAUCUACAUUAUCGUAUCGCACUUUAAUAGAAAUUAUGUCUCAACGAUUAAAAAAAAAUGUUUGAACCUUUCCCUCGUUAGUUGCGAGAAUUUGCCUACCUGGGCAGAACGAUAAAUUUUAUUUGAUUUAAUAGUCCCCAUUAUGCGCAAUGUUAGGAUGUUUGGACUUGAACGUUUGUUAAAUUUUUGGAAAUGCAAUUUGUUAUUUAAGCCAUAAAUUCGUGAUUUAUCUAAUAGUUUGUUACGUUUCGAAGAUUUCUUGCCGUUCAACAAGACAUAAAAUUUUGUAUAAUAAUUAUCGCCUUUUUUUAACUAAUUUAUCGUUAAAAUUCCAUGACGUUUGAUAAAAAAAAAUCAUAUUUUAAAUUGUAUUUCGUUUGACGAAUUUUAAUCGGUAAGAGAUGUUUGGAACGUUGUCUUUUUUAACGAAAAAAAGAAAAGUGCUCAAUUUUUUUUAAUAGGCGGAAUGUGUAUGUAUAUUGAUCAAAAUAAUAUUAGUUUAAUACAAGAUUAGGUGUAAAUAUUGCCGCAAUAUAAUGGCUCUAAUAACAUUACGUACCGUUAUUUUUGUCUGAUAUAAUUAGAAUGUAAAUUGAACUUUAAUUUUUAAUUAUGCUUAGUGCAAUUAUGACUACCUAUUACUGCCUAUUCAUGUUUUAUUGUUUUUUAUAGGAUGCAUUUAUAUUUUAUAAUUAGAAAAAAAAAGUAUGACGAAAAUCGAGAAUUAACAAAUAUAAUGCGCACUUAAAGCAUAAUAAAGUAAUUUAUUUAACCCAAGUAAAUAGUGUUUCGAAUUUAGCUUUUGUGAAUGAAGCAUAUUUUGGCAUUUUCAAUUCAAUUGAUGAUUUUUGCUACACAUUGUCAGCGUAUUAUUACAUUCUUAUGCUUUAUGUAUGUAUAUUAGGGGUAAUUGCGAUCGUGUAUUUAGUAAUGUACAGUCCUCGUAGAUUUGUAUUAAAACUCGUAACACUAAUAAGGGGAUUUACAUGCUAUUACCUCUAUUAGUAGUAAACAUGAGUAUAAUUUAAACGGCAAAUGCAAUGAAGCGGUCGAAGACAUUUUCAAAGACAUAUUUUUACUGGUUGGUCGUGUUUACUACCUAUUCCUUUCUCAUUAUCUUACUCUAGUCUUAUGUAUUAGUAUAAUUGGCUGCUUAAUAUGUUUCAUAAAUGUUUUGUUUGUUUCUAGGAGGUUGUGUCCGUUUUUGUUUGUUGAAAUUUAUUUAAAAUUUUGUUCUAUAUUUUUUUCUUUUCUGUCUUCUCUUAUUUUUCGAGCUUCUUCAUUACCGCUCAAUAUAAUUUAAGGGAACGUUGUAUUUAUUAUAAAUUAGAUUUUUUGCACAAACUUAUGUUCAUAUACAGAUUAUGACAAUAGUUAAUUUUAUGUACAUAUUUUAACAUAGUUUGUAGAAUUUUAAUAAUAUUAAACUUCACACUUGAAUGUCCCUUUUAAGUUUAUUAUGUAAAAUGAAUCUACAUUAUUGUCACAGUUGAGAAUGAUUAUUAAAUGUAUCUUUAUAAUUUACUAAUUAUCAUUCUGAUCCUUAGAAUCUAAUCCUUAGAAAGUAAAGCAAGACCUUGCAAGUAGCUGAUUAGGUUCACAACAUGAAAUCAAGAAUUACUAAAAUAAACUAUUAUACUAGAAGAAUAUAAAGAAGAUGUAGCUGGUAAGCAUUAAAUAUAAACAAAUACAUUUUUUACGGUGUGUACAGUACUCAUCUGCACAUAUUGUAGGUAGCAAUCAUAGACAAAAUAAAAGAGACUGUUUAAAGCAUAGGAAAUAUCAGACCACGCGAUAAUUCCCUACUAUCCUUCGAGAGGCGCUGCUAUCGAAAAUUAUUACCGUUCUGUGCCGUUCUUGUCGACAGUCGAGUCGAGUUGUAUUUUUUAGAAUGUUUCGUGACUCGUAACUAGUGUAGACGCCAUUAUUGUGUAUAACCUAAGUUGGUAAGUUUUUAUAUUUUUUAUUUCUAAUUGUGUUUGCUUAUUUAAAAUGUCAACCCUAAUGCGAAGAAAGGUUCAUGAAUGUGCAUCACCAAGGUGCAAUAGCUUGUUUUUUUACUUCUUCGGAUAAAAAUCUUCAAAAGCAUUUUUUUAAAUUUCGUUCCGAUAUUGUGCGGAAAAAAGGUGGUUCGAUAUUUUAGGUUUGUCCCAUACAUCUAAACAGCUGAGGCUUUGUGAAGUACAUUUUCAUGAUAAUAGUUUCACUAGCACUUUGAAAUCACGUCUAAAUAAAUUUGCUUUUUCUUUAGCACCCGAAACACAUUUCUCACUCUUCGCUAUUUUCCCUGAAUUCGAUGCUGCUGAUAUUUUUUUUUGUUUUAGAUUACAUGCAAUAUAAGAAGCUGUAGGCCCUGAGAGCUGAAGAUCCGACCAACUGUCUUGUUGUACAAUUAGAUUUUUUAAUAACCACAAUUUUACUAACAAUUUUAUUUAAAUUUAGUGUAUCCUUUCGUAACUUCUGUG